AUAUUAUCGUUUACUCGUCUCACAGGCAUUGACUGAAGAGAGAGAAAGCUAGCUAAACAAGGAGCUCUAAAUUCCAUUUGAAGAUCGCUGUAGGGAUUUUAACCUUAUCGCAUCACAUAUCUAGAGUCCAAAUUUUCAAGAAAAUAGUAGCAUAAAUUUGAAAAAUCAAGGUACACACAAAGAUGGAAGAAAGACAUGGCUCACAAUGUUCAAAGACAAAUCCUUCUAACAUUGAUGAAGAUGAGGAGUGUGAAAGUGAGGCCAAUGAAGAGCAAAGUACGCAAAAAAACAAUGGAGGAAGCUCAAGUAACAGCACAGUGGAAGAGAAUGAGAAAAAGAUAAGGCCUUAUGUUAGAUCCAAGAUGCCAAGGCUUCGGUGGACACCUGAUCUUCAUCUUCGCUUUGUUCAUGCGGUUCAACGACUUGGAGGACAAGAGAGAGCAACACCAAAGUUGGUUCUUCAAUUGAUGAACGUCAAAGGUUUGAGUAUUGCCCAUGUCAAGAGUCAUUUACAGAUGUUUAGGAGCAAAAAGGUGGAUGACCGAAAUCAAGUAUUUGCUGAUUACAAUAAUCUUGUUGAAAUUGGAGACAAAAAUAUUUAUAAUAUUAGCCAACUUUCAAUGCUUCAAGGGUAUAAUCCGAGUCAAAGUUCAUCCUUCAGCUACACAAAUAAUUAUCCAUGUUAUGGACUCGGGGAUGCUUCUUUUGGUGUCUACGAAAAACUGUUACAAAGACCUUUCGAUUGGUCUAAUGCAAUUUCUCGGGAAGGUUCAUCCAUUUUUGGGGAACAAAGCAAAAUCCGUGAACCAAAAGAUGAGUUUCUCUCAUUUGGUGCUCAUGACUCUCUAAGCGCACGCGCACGAUUAAGCCACGUUGAUCACAUACCACCAAUCAAUAUUUUGCAACAAAGAGCACAAAAAAAUACCAUGCCUAUAAAUCCAACAACAAAUCCUCCAGAAUUGAAGACACUGAAAAGGAAGGCUUCAGAUACAACCCUAGAUUUGGAUCUGUCACUAAAACUAAACUCAAAGAUUAAUGAUGCUGAAGAAGGAACAUUAAAGAACCAUGAAGUUGAUAGCACAAACCUAUCACUCUCAUUGUGCUCUCAAUCCUCAUCCUCUAAUAAUCCUAUCAGCAGGUUGAUCAAGGAAGCACAACAAGAUCGAUGUGAUGAACAAGGGAAAAUGGCCAGUACUCUAGAUCUGGCUAUAUGAAUGAGACAAAUUCUCAGUGAGAUCUUGAGGUACUUGUCAGAAAAAUAUGCUUUUUUAUAUAACCAAAUUCUUGCAUUUAUCUGACUUAGUUAUGUAUGUUUCUUGUCUCUUUCUGUAUAUGUACUGUUAAAUACAUGAACUAGCUAGAUGAAUGAAUCAUGAUUUUAAAUUCCACUA